AUGUUAAACGACUUCAAUAGUACUAAUGCAAAUAAAAAAUCAUAUAUCAAUCCAGAGAUACAAGCAAAUGAAAGAUGCCGUUCAAAAUCUCGUAUUGUUCAAAAUUUCAUUAUCAUUUGGUUAGACCCCGAUAUUGAUGAGGUCAAUGUAAAAUUUCCCGAUUCCAUCGCUCGACUUCGUAGCAUCCAGACAUGGACUAAAGAGUGGACAAAAGUCAAUGGAAUUUUCACUCAAGCUGAACAAAUCUGUAGCUUACUGAAAGAUAAUGUGAAGCAAUGUGAUCACAAUACAAUUCCAAUCAGCAUCGUGUCUGUUGAUGAUCUUUCGAAACCAAAUUUAAAUGAAGUUGAGCCAUUGUUUAUGUACUCCCAGAUUCUGAAAGAAAUUCUUCUUGAGAUGGCAUCCGACGAGCAUGCAGAGAAGGAGUUGGUGCAGUUCUGGCGUGAGCAAUACUACGACAACGCGUCUGUAUUAAAAAAAAUAGUCGAUGAGUUCGAACAGGAUUAUCAUCGACACACACCGAUUUGGUGGUAUACUCGAGACUGCUUCAUCUAUUCAAUGAUUAAUCGAGCUCUGCGAACCAUGAACACAGAGGUAAUUAUCAAGAUGGGUUUCUUUCUACUUGCUGUUCAUCAGCAAAUCCAGGAACUACACAGACAACAAUCGAAUACUCGAGUUCCAUUGACUGUGUAUCGAGGUCAGACGAUAUCUAAUAGUGAAUUUCAGAAACUCAGCAACAGUAAAGGUGGCCUCUUAUCGUUGAACAGCUUUAUGUCGACCAGUGUCGAUCCAGAAGUAGCCAAUGUUUUUUGCUCGAAUCUUGAACCGAACACAACAGGAAUUCUCUUUAAAAUAGAAAUUGAUACUUCUUUCUCAUCUAAUCCAUUUGCGUUAUUGACUAAUGUGAGCUACUUUUUUGAUCAAGAAAAAGAAAUUUUACUUUCUACGCAUGCAAUUUUUCAAAUCGGUGAAAUGAUCGAAAUUGAGAAUCGACUAUGGCACGUACAACUCAUAUUGACGACUGGUAAUGAUAAACAACUCGAGGUUAUAACAGAAUGGAUAAGACAGGAGACUUCCGGACCUUCAGCAUGGCACCGCUUGGGUCAAUUAAUGAUCAAACUAGAAAAAUUAAAUGAAGCUGAAAAGAUAUAUCAAAUCCUACUCGAUUCGGUUUCUCAGAACGAUGAGGAACAUCUUUAUUUUCUGUACAACCAGCUCGGAUAUAUCAAGCAUAAUUACGGCAAUAACGAUGAGGCACUUCAGCUUUAUCAAAAAGCACUUGAGAUUCAAGAAAAAUUGCUCCCUCACAAUCAUCCAUUGUUGGCUACUACCUAG